CUGACUAUCACAUGAUCGUGUCCUUGCCGGGAGCAGGUAUGAUGUCCAAGAUGGGACGUUGCGUCGUGCUGCUUGUCUUACUACUGAUCAUCAAACUCGGCCAUGCCAUGGUGUUGGACGAUGAGGCAACUAUCUUCAGAUCUAACAGCCUACCCAAUGACAGGAAGUUUAUGGCCACAGUCGGGAACGGUUACGUCGCCACUACGGUCUACAGCGACACGAUCUUCAUGAACGGACUGUUUAACGGGGAGGGCGGGGCCAGUCACCGCGCACGGAUUCCCGCCACCGUGUCGGUUACCGUCAGUCUGGAUGGAAGCACCAACCAAUCAUACGCCCUGGAUGUGGCACGUGGAGUGUUCACCCACACGUUACAAUCCGAGGUGGCAAACGUGCAACAGCGUACGUACGCUCACCAGUUCUACUCCAGACUUCUCGUUACGGAGAUAACGGUCGACAGGACAAACGCCAUAGCAACCAGGGAGCCUCAACCAAUCAGAGUUGACCUGAAGAGCAACAUGGGGGGUCCAAGUGAUGAUGUAGAGUUCCACGAUGGGCCUGACUUUCAGGGAGGAAAGUACAUGCUGGGUAAAAUCAAGACCCCAGAGCUAAAGGGAGGAGACAAGCCGAUAGUCCAUGUGGUGUGGACACCAGUCCCUGAUAACAUCACUCUUCCAGCCGACCAAUCAACACAGACCUGGACGUUCAUCACAUCCAUCUCGUCCAAUCAGAAGGAGGCACAGCAGUUCUACCACAAUGGGAUGAACCUUGCAGGUAAGGGUCGACUGUACAGUAACCACACCCAGUCCUGGCUCAAUGUGUGGGAGGAGGGCAGAAUUGAAACAACGGGUAACCUGAAGCUCCAACAGGCUAUCUACGGCAGCUUGUACUAUAUCCUCAGCUCCCUGCCUCCUCUCAACGCUCCCAAAGAUUUUGAGUUUUUCGGGGUAAGUCCAGGUGGUCUGGCGAAUGGAAAGUACCAAGCGGACUACCAAGGGCACAUCUUCUGGGACCAGGCGACUUGGAUGUACCCCCCUAUUCUACUCCUCCAUCCCGAGUUGGCACGGUCCAUGUUGGAGUCUCGCACACGCGUACUAGACGCGGCGAAGGAUAACGCCCGGAAGAGGGGCUACAACGGCGCAAUGUUCCCGUGGGAGAGCGCGUACACGGGACACGAGGUGUGCCCGGCGCCGGGCCCGCUGAAGUACGAGCACCACGUGACGGGAGACAUCGCGUUUGCGGCUCAGCAGUACUUCCUGUCGACCGAGGAUGUGGACUUCCUGUUGUACCAGAAAGGCUACGACUUCAUCACCAGUAUGGCACAGUUCUGGGCCAGCCGCACUCAGUAUGAUAAGGACAAAAAGAAGUAUGUUAUAAAAGCGGUGAUGCCCCCGGAUGAAUACCAUGAGAAUGUGGACAACUCUGCCUACACCAACAUCGUGGCCAUGUACAGUAUCAACUUCGCUUCCAAGUUAGCCAAGCUGCUAGGGAAGACCACACCUAGCAACUGGACUGACAUUGUCAACAACAUGUAUGUCCCAUUUGACCAGAAACUUCAGUAUCAUCCUGAAUAUGAAGGCUAUACUACAAACAUCCAGAUAAAGCAGGCUGACGUGAUCCUGCUGGGUUACCCCCUACUGUACAACAUGUCUGAACAGGUCUACAGGAAUGACCUGACCAUCUACGAGCGUGUGACGGACGUGAAGGGACCCGCCAUGACCUGGGGAAUCUUCGCCACGGGAUGGCUCCAGCUGGGUAACAUCACCAAGGCCAACAGUCUCUUCGCUCGCAACUACAAAAACAUACAAGAACCAUUCAAGGUGUGGACGGAGACUAGUUUUGGGGCCGGUGCGGUGAACUUCAUGACUGGUAUGGGCGGCUUCCUACAGGCGGUUAUGAACGGUUACGGCGGGAUCAGACUGAGGGAGAACCAGCUGGACUACCACCCUACCAUACCAGAACACACCACCAACUUUAACAUCAUAGGGCUGGACUACAGACGAAACAAGCUGAACUUUGAAGCCGACUGUAACCAGAUCCGAGUCACCCUGACACGACAGGACAAAGGUCACCAGCAGCUGAGACUCAAGGUCAAGGCCACAGGACAGGAACACAUCCUACAGCCUGGAGUAUCUGUAGUGUUUUCCCGUGGAGCUGCCUCAAUAUUCCCACAGACAACGCUGUAGUUUAACUGUGCCUUCUUCAAUUUGUGGAGU